AUCACCUACAACACUCUUCAGGACCGUCGACAUCGUUCUGCAAACUCGCAGCUACCACCUCCAACUUUUCCGAAACGAAUACCACCACCUGACCUUCUCUUACACCGAACGGUUCUCCGCAGUACCUGCAUCUGACCACCACCAUGACGCUCUACUACAGUUUGGUCUUCGGACUUCUCGUCUUCGAGAUGGUCGUCUUUGUCUCCCUCAUCGUCCCCAUGCCAUUCGCCGUCAAGCGAAAGCUCUUUACCUUCAUCAGCGAGAACCCGCUCAUCGCGAAGCUGCAAUACGGUCUCAAGAUCACCUUCAUCUUCAUUCUGAUCCUCUUCAUCGACAGUGUGAACCGCGUCUACCGUGUUCAGGUUGAGCUGGCACAGGCGAAGCACCAAGGCGGUGCGGCCGGCGGCGUUGCCGGUACCGAGCGCAUGGAGGUCCAGGCGCGCAAGUUCUACUCUCAGCGCAACAUGUACCUCUGCGGCUUCACCCUGUUCCUUUCCCUCAUCCUCAACCGUACCUACGUCAUGAUCCUCGAUACCCUGCGCCUUGAGGCCGAAGUCAAGAAGCUCACAGGCAAGGACUCGGCCAAGACCAGCUCCGGCAUCGGCGAGGCUGGUGAGCUCGGCGAGAUCAGCAAGCUCAAGAAGGAGUUGAAGAAGCGCGACCAGGACAUCGAGACCUUGAAGAAGCAGACCGAGGGACUCAACAGGGAGUACCAGCGCAUGGGUGAUGCGGUCUCCGAGCAGGACGGCGGUCCUAAGAAGGACAGGUGAACGCGUUAUUCGGCUUUGAAGAGCUGAUCGCCAGGCUGCGAGAUGUCGGAAAAACAAAUCAGCAAGGAAGGCCAGAAACUAAGGUCACACGAGGAUUUCUUGACGAACGCGACACACGGGAGAAGUUUACU